CUUUUGAUAACUUGAUAUUGAUAAUAAUUUUAAUAAUGAAUAAAAUAUCGCUCCCUUUUGAAACUCUUGAAUGCAAGAAAUGUAGAAUGGUGUUUAAAGAUAGACAAACUUGGGCUAACCACUUUAAAAAAUUCUGUUCUGACAACAACGUCUAUGGAUCAUAUGAAGGACUUGCCAAAAGGGAGAAGGAGCUCAAAUUCACAUUGAAUAAAGCAUUUGAUAAUUUAUCAAUCUCUAAUAUGAAACAUUACUUAAAAGGUGUUCCAGACAAGAAGAAAUUGAGAAAUCCUGACCUAGACAUGAGCACUAACACAGUUGAUCCUGGGAUGAAUCAAUACAUUGACCAGAUGUCUUUAGACAAUAUUAGGGGGCAUUUCCACUCCACCUAUGACCGUCAUGCUGAUAUCACCAAGGAGCAGCUCCGUACUAAAGAAUCUGAGCUCAUCAGGGAGAUCAAGAUGCGAAAAGAGAAACGUAAGAAAGAGAACGAAUUAAGAUCUAUAAACAACAGAAUAUUCGGAGAAUUGGCACUUGAAUAUCCUAAUUUGAAGCAUAAACCAGCCACUAAGGAUCUUCAGAGAAUCGGAGAAGGGAUAGAAAACUGCCUAGUGAAAGAUAAGAGGAGAGAACUGGAAAAAUGAUUCGUAGAUAGAGAGUCCUCCUUACUCCAAGAGAAGCAGAACAGGCUUGACGUUUAUAGUUAUGCCCAGGAGUUUAUACAAGAGGAUCAAGGCAAGAAGCGAUUCGACUCAAAAUCAACCGAUGCCAGAAAGGCAAAUGUUGAAAGAAUAAUUAAACAGAAUACAAGGCAAGGCUCUGAGGCAAAAGAAUGAAGAAAUAAUGGAAGACUUUAGAAAAGCAUCUAAUCCUAAUACCUACCCUGAAUUUAUGAAGGGGUCUUUCCGAAGAUGGGUUGGCUAUGACGGAAAGUAUCUUAAACCUAAAGCUUUGUAAUUUCUUUUCAAUCUUGAGGUGUU